AUGACUGCCUUCAAGUCAAAGAAGCAGCAGCUUAGAGAAGAUCUACAAGGUUCCCGAAGCAGAGUGUCAGUGUCCUUUGAUCUCUGGACGUCGCCAAACCCUUACGCUAUCCUAGGCAUCGUCGCCAUGUGGAUUGAUGCUGCCGGCAAGCGAAGGUCCACAGCUUUAGGUAUGCGUCGUGUCUACGGUGAGCACACUGGCGAGAAUAUUGGAUCAAUUGUUCUUGAAUUACUGAAAGAAUACAACAUCGACGGGGACUCAAUUGGAUACUUCAUGCUAGACAAUGCCUCGUCGAAUGACAUUGCAGUGGAAUUUAUACUCAAGGAGCUAUGCCCAUGGAUGGACUCAAAACAGCGUCGCCAUCGCCGGCUGCGCUGUCUGGGCCAUAUAAUCAAUCUCUGUUGCCAGGCGUUCCUCAUGGGUCGGAACUGUGAGAAAUUUCUUGCAAAGCUCGAAAAACAUCAUUUGCGCGGAGACUAUGCAAAAGUAGAGGAGCUCUGGAAGAAAUUUGGAUGUUUGGGUCGGCUCCACAACUUGGUGAGAUACAUCCGGCUUACCCCUCAGCGUCGCGAGGAGUUUGCUACAAUAGUGAUCGGCGGGGAUCUCUCUGCAUUUGAUGGGCUUGAGCUGAUCCAGAAUAACUCGACACGUUGGAAUUCGUGGUUUCAUUCAAUCACACGGGCAUUGAAUGUGCGGGAACGUUUAGAGCUCUUCUCCGCCCGCCACGUACCUGCGAAAGGCUCUCAAGGGAUUGCGAACUUCAAGCUAGAUGGGCAGCACUGGUUCGAACUCGAGAAGAUUGAACUCGCUCUAAGGGACUUCUAUGCUGCAACUUUACUCUCCGAAGGUAGGAAAAAGUCUCUUGCCGACUGGUUUUCGACCAUAGACUGCCUUCUUCGAGAGAUAAACGAGACGAAGGAUCAUUACUAUGACAUCCACACCGAGGAUGACAACAAUUUCACAUGGACGUAUCUUCAAAGCUGCGCGGACGCCGCCUGGUCGAAAUGCGCGGAGUACUACAACAACCACCAACUGAAUUGGCGGUGUCGAUAUCCCGACGACACUGACCUGCCGCCCGCCUACUACGCAGCUCAAAUUCUUGACCCUUAUCGAAAGUGGGCUUGGUUUAGACAAGAAUGGGUUCUUCCAGGCGACAAGGAGAAGCAGGAGUGGUUUGAUAACGCUCAGCUAGCCGUGAAAAAACUCUGGGAGACGGAGUAUAAGGGAAGGCACACUGUUGAGAUGCUGCCAUCAUCAGCUCGGAAGGAGAGAGAUCCGGACCCGGCCUUUGAUCGUCAAAGGGAACAUAAGCGUAUUCGAAUAGACGCCCCGGUCUCUGCAGCUGAUCUGUAUGAGCAAUACAUUUCUACAGACCGACUUCAUGACGAUGAGGCAGGAUGUGAUGAAGCCAUUGCUUACUGGUUGUCCCGCUAUGACUCGCAGAGAGACCUUGCUCGCUUCGCUCUGGACAUGUUUGCCAUCUCACCUAUGUCGGAUGAGUGCGAACGUCUUUUUAGUAGUGCCAAGCUUACUGUUCUUGAUCGCCGUGGCAGGCUGAAGGCUGAUACUAUUGAGGCGUGUGAGUGUCUAAGGGCCUGGUUUGGAAAGCCAGAGGUUGAGAACGAUAGUGAGAGCGAGGACGGUAGGAAUGACGACGAUAGAUUCAGCGUAUCGCAGAUGUAA